AUGUCACCUCCUGACACCUCUCCUCCCACCACUCAUCUCCUCCCACCACUCAUCUCCUCCCACCACUCAUCUCCUCCCACCACCCAUCUCCUCCCACCACUCAUCUCCUCCCACCACUCAUCUCCUCCCACCACUCAUCUCCUCCCACCACUCAUCUCCUCCCACCACUCAUCUAUCACCCAUCCUCACCUCCUGGCACCGCUCCUCCAGUCCGUAGGGGCGCCAGGCAGGCCGCAGGGGGUACUGGAACAGGCAUGGGGCAUGGUGCGGGCAUGGGAGUGGGUGGAUGGUGCGGGCAUGGGAGUGGGUGGAUGGUGCGGGCAUGGGAGUGGGUGGAUGGUGCGGGCAUGGGAGUGGGUGGAUGGUGCGGGCAUGGGAGUGGGUGGAUGGUGCGGGCAUGGGAGUGGGUGGAUGGUGCGGGCAUGGGAGUGGGUGGAUGGUGCGGGCAUGGGAGUGGGUGGAUGGUGCGGGCAUGGGAGUGGGUGGAUGGUGCGGGCAUGGGAGUGGGUGGAUGGUGCGGGCAUGGGAGUGGGUGGAUGGUGCGGGCAUGGGAGUGGGUGGAUGGUGCGGGCAUGGGAGUGGGUGGAUGGUGCGGGCAUGGGAGUGGGUGGAUGGUGCGGGCAUGGGAGUGGGUGGAUGGUGCGGGCAUGGGAGUGGGUGGAUGGUGCGGGCAUGGGAGUGGGUGGAUGGUGCGGGCAUGGGAGUGGGUGGAUGGUGCGGGCAUGGGAGUGGGUGGAUGGUGCGGGCAUGGGAGUGGGUGGAUGGUGCGGGCAUGGGAGUGGGUGGAUGGUGCGGGCAUGGGAGUGGGUGGAUGGUGCGGGCAUGGGAGUGGGUGGAUGGUGCGGGCAUGGGAGUGGGUGGAUGGUGCGGGCAUGGGAGUGGGUGGAUGGUGCGGGCAUGGGAGUGGGUGGAUGGUGCGGGCAUGGGGGUGGGUGGGUGGAUGGUGCGGGCAUGGGAGUGGGUGGAUGGUGCGGGCAUGGGAGUGGGUGGAUGGUGCGGGCAUGGGAGUGGGUGGAUGGUGCGGGCAUGGGAGUGGGUGGAUGGUGCGGGCAUGGGAGUGGGUGGAUGGUGCGGGCAUGGGAGUGGGUGGAUGGUGCGGGCAUGGGAGUGGGUGGAUGGUGCGGGCAUGGGAGUGGGUGGAUGGUGCGGGCAUGGGAGUGGGUGGAUGGUGCGGGCAUGGGAGUGGGUGGAUGGUGCGGGCAUGGGAGUGGGUGGAUGGUGCGGGCAUGGGAGUGGGUGGAUGGUGCGGGCAUGGGAGUGGGUGGAUGGUGCGGGCAUGGGAGUGGGUGGAUGGUGCGGGCAUGGGAGUGGGUGGAUGGUGCGGGCAUGGGAGUGGGUGGAUGGUGCGGGCAUGGGAGUGGGUGGAUGGUGCGGGCAUGGGAGUGGGUGGAUGGUGCGGGCAUGGGAGUGGGUGGAUGGUGCGGGCAUGGGAGUGGGUGGAUGGUGCGGGCAUGGGAGUGGGUGGAUGGUGCGGGCAUGGGAGUGGGUGGAUGGUGCGGGCAUGGGAGUGGGUGGAUGGUGCGGGCAUGGGAGUGGGUGGAUGGUGCGGGCAUGGGAGUGGGUGGAUGGUGCGGGCAUGGGAGUGGGUGGAUGGUGCGGGCAUGGGAGUGGGUGGAUGGUGCGGGCAUGGGAGUGGGUGGAUGGUGCGGGCAUGGGAGUGGGUGGAUGGUGCGGGCAUGGGAGUGGGUGGAUGGUGCGGGCAUGGGAGUGGGUGGAUGGUGCGGGCAUGGGAGUGGGUGGAUGGUGCGGGCAUGGGAGUGGGUGGAUGGUGCGGGCAUGGGAGUGGGUGGAUGGUGCGGGCAUGGGAGUGGGUGGAUGGUGCGGGCAUGGGAGUGGGUGGAUGGUGCGGGCAUGGAGUGGGUGGAUGGUGCGGGCAUGGGAGUGGGUGGAUGGUGCGGGCAUGGGAGUGGGUGGAUGGUGCGGGCAUGGGAGUGGGUGGAUGGUGCGGGCAUGGGAGUGGGUGGAUGGUGCGGGCAUGGGAGUGGGUGGAUGGUGCGGGCAUGGGAGUGGGUGGAUGGUGCGGGCAUGGGAGUGGGUGGAUGGUGCGGGCAUGGGAGUGGGUGGAUGGUGCGGGCAUGGGAGUGGGUGGAUGGUGCGGGCAUGGGAGUGGGUGGAUGGUGCGGGCAUGGGAGUGGGUGGAUGGUGCGGGCAUGGGAGUGGGUGGAUGGUGCGGGCAUGGGAGUGGGUGGAUGGUGCGGGCAUGGGAGUGGGUGGAUGGUGCGGGCAUGGGAGUGGGUGGAUGGUGCGGGCAUGGGAGUGGGUGGAUGGUGCGGGCAUGGGAGUGGGUGGAUGGUGCGGGCAUGGGAGUGGGUGGAUGGUGCGGGCAUGGGAGUGGGUGGAUGGUGCGGGCAUGGGAGUGGGUGGAUGGUGCGGGCAUGGGAGUGGGUGGAUGGUGCGGGCAUGGGAGUGGGUGGAUGGUGCGGGCAUGGGAGUGGGUGGAUGGUGCGGGCAUGGGAGUGGGUGGAUGGUGCGGGCAUGGGAGUGGGUGGAUGGUGCGGGCAUGGGAGUGGGUGGAUGGUGCGGGCAUGGGAGUGGGUGGAUGGUGCGGGCAUGGGAGUGGGUGGAUGGUGCGGGCAUGGGAGUGGGUGGAUGGUGCGGGCAUGGGAGUGGGUGGAUGGUGCGGGCAUGGGAGUGGGUGGAUGGUGCGGGCAUGGGAGUGGGUGGAUGGUGCGGGCAUGGGAGUGGGUGGAUGGUGCGGGCAUGGGAGUGGGUGGAUGGUGCGGGCAUGGGAGUGGGUGGAUGGUGCGGGCAUGGGAGUGGGUGGAUGGUGCGGGCAUGGGAGUGGGUGGAUGGUGCGGGCAUGGGAGUGGGUGGAUGGUGCGGGCAUGGGAGUGGGUGGAUGGUGCGGGCAUGGGAGUGGGUGGAUGGUGCGGGCAUGGGAGUGGGUGGAUGGUGCGGGCAUGGGAGUGGGUGGAUGGUGCGGGCAUGGGAGUGGGUGGAUGGUGCGGGCAUGGGAGUGGGUGGAUGGUGCGGGCAUGGAGUGGGAGUGGUGACGGCGCAGGCAUGGGGGAUGGUGUGGAGUCAGGCAAAGAGAGGCAAGACGGAGAGCGCUUUUCCCGGCCUUUUCUCGACGCGCAUCGCGACUACAAGGAGCCGGCUUGCGACGUUCCGGCGAUGUGCACGACGCUUCCGGUGGCUCUAGUCCCUGUCGCCGACGCCUUCGAGACCCUACCGCCACGUGAGCCUACUUUUGAUAGUCCACGGGAACUCGCCACGUGUCAAAUCCAGCGGUUUACAGAAGAGGAUGGGGCUGUUCAAGGGCCACCCCCUGCCGCACAUCCGGGUAGGGUUGGCGAUGGAUCUGCCGCAGCUUCGCCGUGCUUGGUUUGCGGCGAGGACGAGAACGAAAGCACGGUACUGUGCGAUUUGUGUUUUGCGGGUUACCACAUUCGCUGUCUUGCGUCGCGCGGAGAGGAGGUCCACGUGGACAAGGACGGCGAGUGGGUGUGCGAUCUGUGCGAAUUGGAGGAGAAGCGGAAAGCGACGGUCGUCGUCGUGUGGGCUGAGGAGUGCGCGAAGAAUAGACGGACAGCGGUCGAGCAGCCGGCACAUAAGCGGCUAGAUUGCGACCGGGUAAACGACGCGCAUUCAGCUGACGUGGACGUCAGGACACCGUUGAAUGACGAGCAGCAGUUGAUCGAGGAUGGGGAUGAUGACGUGGUUUUGUUGGAAGCGGACGUGGCACCCGUGCAACCCGGUGUAUCUGGAGGUGACGACGUGGUUCUAGUGCCACGUGGGGAUACGGAGUCGCGGGUCGGCGUUAGAAGGGGAGGAGAGAAGCGUGGCAGCGGCGGAAGCGGUGGUAGCGGUGCGAAAACGAACGGUAAAGGAAAGGCCAAUAACGAGGAGCCAUGGUUGCAGAAUUUCGAGAAGCGAGGCAGCGGAGGAAGCGGGGGGAGAGACGGGGACGACGGGGAUGACAGCGUGGCAGACCACAAAGGCCAUUGGCUGCUGCAGCGCACGUGGCUGUCUCCGGUUGGCUACACGCGCGUAGGGCCCAUGUUCCAGGCUAGCGUACCGGAGUGGGCGGGCCCGCCUUGUGUCUUUAACGGAGCUGGCGCUAGCGGGGAUGAGGAGGCUCGGGAGUGCAAUCGACGAUACGACGAUGAUGAUGGUGCUUCUAAGGACAUUGCUCUAAAUUCAGAUUUAGGAAUCUCUUAUCAUCCAAUCCCGUCGGAACCUUUCUCCCCGCCCAAUCUCUCCUCGCCCAAUCUCUCCUCGCCCAAUCUCUCCCCGCCCAAUCUCUCCCCGCCCAAUCUCUCCCCGCCCAAUCUCUCCCCGCCCAAUCUCUCCCCGCCCAAUCUCUCCUCGCCGAAUCUCUCCUCGCCCAAUCUCUCCUUGCCCAAUCUCUGCUCGCCCAAAAUCUCCUGCCCAAUCUUUCGUGAUUAUGGGAUGUCGUCUCCUGAGCACUUGAUUCUGUCGUGCCUUAUCUUCAUUGUGCCCCUCUGUAGGGUUUCUCAUCAUCUCUCUCCUCAUCUCUCCCUCCUCUUCUUUCCCCCCUCACCUUUUCCCUCCUCAUCUCCCCCCUCUCAUCUUUCCCUCCUCACUUACCUCCUCAUCUUUCCCACCUCAUUUUUCCCCCCUCGCUGUUCCCUCCUCACCUCCCGCCCCCCUCCUCCCCCCACAUUUUCUCCUCAUAUUUCCUUCCCCAUCUUUCCCUCCCCAUCGUUUUCCCUCCCCGUCGUUUUCCCUCCCAUCGCCCUCCCCUGCCACCUCGUGCUCCUCUUGCUCUCGCUCUCCGAGUUCGAAGGGCAGUCGGAGAGCACGUGCUCUUCGCCCUGCUGCGCUGCGCCCACACGGACGUCCGACUGCGGGCGAGCAACAUCAUCAAUAGCAGCUUCUGCUGCUGCUGCUGCUGCUGCUGCUGCUGCUGCUGCUGCUGCUGCUGCUGCUGCUGCUGCUGCUGCUGCUGCUGCUGCUGCUGCUGCUGCUGCUGCUGCUGCUGCUGCUGUUGCUCCUUGUCUCACCUUCCCCCCUCCCCCCCUCUUCAUUUCCCUCCCAUGGCCCUCCCCUGCUGCAGCGCGCUCCUCUCGCUCGGCGGGCAGUCGGAGAGCGAGUGCACUUCGCCCUGCGGCGCCCACACGGACGUCUGACCGUGGACGAGCUUCAGCAGCAGCAGCAGCAGCAGCAGCGGCGCCGUACUCAUAUGUGCGCAUGUCCGAACGGCUGCUCCGGCGCCGCUGCAGUCCGUAG